GGGAUACAUUUUAGAAUAUACAACUCCAAGUAUUUCUAAAAAACAAUAUACCUAAAAAGAUGUCUAAAUUGAGGAUAUUGGUGCCUGUCAAGAGAGUAAUUGAUUUUGCUAUCAAGCCUAGAAUCAACAAGGCUCAAACCGGUGUUGAGAAGAAGGGUGUUAAGUUCAGUAUCAACCCAUUUUGUGAUAUUGCCUUGGAGGAAUCAUUAAGAAUCAGAGAGGGUAAUAAGGACCUUGUAGAAAACAUCCAUGCUGUUUCCAUUGGUCCAACAAAGGCACAGGAUGUGUUGAGAACCGCACUUGCUAAGGGUGCUGACACUACUACUUUGAUUGAUGUUGGCGAAGAAGAAGUUGAACCACUUACUGUUGCCAAACUCUUGCAAAAAGUUGUAGAGAAAGAGAACUCCAACUUGGUUAUCUUGGGUAAGCAAGCCAUUGAUGAUGAUGCCAACCAAACUGGUCAAAUGCUUGCUGGUUUGUUGAACUGGCCCCAAGCUACCAAUGCAUCCAAGGUUGAAAUUUCAGGCGACAAGGUCACCGUCACAAGAGAAAUUGACGGGGGUGCUGACACUUUAAGUGCCACUUUGCCAAUGAUCAUUACUACCGAUUUAAGAUUGAACGAGCCACGUUAUGCAUCUUUGCCCAAUGUGAUGAAGGCCAAGAAGAAGCCAUUAGAAAAGUUGAAGGCCAGUGAUUUACAAAUUGAGUUGUCCAAGAGAUUAGAGACUUUGAAAGUGGAAGAACCAGUUGCUAGAGAAGCUGGUGUUACUGUUGAAUCCGUUGAUGAGUUGAUUUCCAAGUUGAAGGAUGCCAAGGCACUUUAGGAGAAGAUACGAUGAGAAUAGAGAG